CAAAAUUAGAAAUUCAACCUAAAAUACAUAGUAGAAAAUACUCCUCUUUUCAUCUACAUAUUCCUCCACUACACUAAUUGUAUAAAUCUCCGUCUCUUUCUCUUCAUUUAUUCCUUCCACCUAUCCACUACUUGGUGGAACCUCUGCAAGAUGCGAAGCAUGGCGAGUUCACGAGGCAAUAUUGCCGCCAUCGUCGGCGUCGGCCCCAACCUCGGCCUCUCCAUCGCUCGCAAGUUCGCUCACGAAGGCUACACCGUCGCCAUCCUCGCACGUGACUUAGGGAGAUUAUCAGAAUUCGCGGACGAAAUAGCGAGGGAAGAAAAGGCACAAGUGUUUGCGAUAAGAAUUGAUUGUUCUGAUUCAAGAAGCGUAAGAGAAGCAUUUGAAGGUGUUCUUUCUCUUGGAUUUGUGGAAGUUCUUGUUUACAAUGCUAAUUAUCAGUCACCACUUCAAUCUAAACCUACUCCUUUUCAACAUCUUUCUAUUCAAACUUUCCAAACUUCUCUAGCUGUUUCAUCUCUAGGUGCUUUCAACUGUGCUCAACAGGUGCUGCCUGGUAUGGUUGAAAGAGGAAAAGGAACGAUUCUAUUUACGGGGUGUUCCGCUUCUUUAAACGGCAUUGCUGGAUAUUCUGAACUAUGCUGUGGGAAAUUUGCACUGAGAGCACUAUCGCAAUGCCUUGCUAAAGAAUUUCAACCACAAGGAGUGCAUAUAGCUCAUAUUAUUAUCGAUGGUCUUAUUGGUCCAUCCAGAGGAUCAUCGGCGGCAACGACGGCAACGUCUAGGGGAGGAGGGGAGGGUGUUAUGGAUCCUGAUGCACUUGCUCAAACUUAUUGGCAUCUACAUGUUCAGGACCGGAAUGCAUGGACCCAGGAAAUAGAUGUUCGUUCAUCCAACUGCUAGAUUCUUCCACCUUACAACUUGCAACAACAACUACUUUGUUUAAAUUCUAAUCCUCCCCUACCAUUCCCUUAUUUUCAUGUCUCACUUUUGCCGUCACUAUGUUAGUGCUAGAAUGAACUUAGAAUUAUUUGAUGAUGUCUCUCUUAAACUAUUGGGACUUAGUGGUGUACUUUACAAUUACUUGGGUGUACAGAGAUUAAUUGUACUAUUAUUA